UCGGUGAAGGAUCUCUGGUGUGGGUCGUCGCUCAGUUUCGGGGUGAAAUAUGAAGUAGUUCAGGUGUUUAUUUUCAUUAAACCUGGUUUAUCGUGCUCUAAAUCCUCCCUGGACGAUGCUGCCCGACACCAGGCGGUCGUGUCCGUUCGCUGAGGACAGCUUCAGCCGCUUCCCGUCUCAGAGUAACAUGUACGGGCUGUGUCAGGCCGGGGAGCAGGAGCUGCUGGCGGCCACUCUGAAAGGGAAGGUGGUGUGUUUCAGAUAUCAGGACCUGCAGCACAAGAUCAGGCCCGUGGCUAAAGAGGUGCAGUUCACCUACAUACCAGUGGAUGCUGAGAUUGUGUCUAUUGACUCAUUUAACAAAUCCUCUCCCAACAGAGGCCUGGUUGUGGGCAUCACGUUUAUUAAGGACUCAGGGGAUAAAGCCACUCCAUUUUUGAACAUCUACUGUGACUAUGAGCCAGGGUCUGAGUUCAAUCUGGAGUCCAUCGCACAGAGCUGCUUGAACCUGGAGCUACAGUUCACCCCCUUCCAGCUCUAUCACACUGAAUUGCAGUUUGAAGAAGGCCAGAGAGAGACUGUGUUUCUGCUUAGUGGGCAUGACCAGCGUAUUCAUCUGUACAAAGAGAAUGCCUCACUGCACCAGUUUGAAGAGCAGCCAGUGGAGAAGUUCUUCCCUGAACUGAGCGAGCUGCCCAGCAAUGUAUUGUGGAUGGAUGUGCUAAGCAUUGAUAACUGUCGUCGUUUGACCACUUUUGGCUGUCAGAAUGGUUGCGUUGGACUCGCUCUUGUCAACCAGAGAGGACCUGAGAUUGUCAGUAGUUGGCGAUUACAGCAGGACAGUCCAAUUUCUACUGUGUUACUCUUCCCUCUGAAGCUCCCCGCCCACAACAGUUCAAAAGCAGGGCUUCAGGCAGAUGAGGUGACAGAAUAUAAUCUUUUGGUGACCAGCACUAUUGAGAUGGCUGUGGUUUACAGAAAUGUGGAGCAGAAUGGAAUGAGCAAGCCUGUGUGUUUAACAGACAGCGAUCAGUGUGAUGCUGUACUGUGUGCUCUCCUCAUUGAUCUGGACUUUGAUGGACAACAGGAGGUGUUGCUGGGGACAUACGGACAGGACCUUCUGUGCUACAAAUUCCAGCAGCCAAAUGGAACAACAGAGGGACAGUUCCAGCUGAUGUGGAGACGAAGCUUCAAGAGCCCCCUGCUGUCAGUCAUUUACCUGGACCUCACAGGAGACGGACUGAAGGAACUGGCCAUUCUUACUAUAAAAGGACUUCACAUAUUACAGCACAGUCUAACCAGUACAGCUGACCUGGUCCUGCAGCGCCUGGCCAACACGGUGGCCAAAUUGUCAACAGUGCCCAGAGAUCAGCCAAUCACAGACCAGGAUGCUGAACAAAAAGAGAGUUCACUUAAGAACGGACAGAACACUUCAGUCUCAUAGACUGGAUAUCAUAAGUCUGAAAAUAUUCAGACAGUCCUUCUAAUUAGUGAAUGAAGUGACUUUAAACCUCACCUGUUGCUGAUACAGGUGUUCAGCCAAAGCUGAGAUGCCUUAUGAAUGGGUUGCUCUGCGGCAGCACAUACGCCUGAGAUCACUGUGCCAAAUGCACAGUGUGUGUGCAAGAGGGAUCUAAAGUCCCCCAGAACAUGGGUCUGGAAUUCUAUGUGAAUUAACUGGAGUGAUGGAGCUCCAUCCAGUACCUUUGGGAUGGGAUGGAAUGCCAGAACUAAACAUCCAGUUCAAUCGGAAUGUCACCCACUUCAAAAAAAAGUAGUGGCUGUUACUGCGGCAUAAGAGGAGAGAAAUUCCUUAUUAACAUUACUGAUGCACUAAAUAUUUAUCAGCUUAAAUAAUUUGGUAACCAAAAAUAUUUGAUCAAAAUAAGUGAAAAGACCAGAGUUAGACCGAAGUGCAGUAAGGCGCUAUCUGUGUAAUUGCAGCAACAUAUCACCUUUUUGAAAAGUGUCAGAGAAUGACCCAACAAUGGCCAUUUGCAAACAACGUUUUUGCAGGAAAAUGAAUGAAAACCUGCAAAAAAAAUGCAUUUGGCAUUCAAACAAAUAUUCCAUUUUGUUCAAUGUAAUUUUUACCCAAACAUAUUAUUUUGGUGCAUCUCUAAUUCAUAGAGAUUAAUUGGAAAGAAUGAAUAAAAGUGUUAGAAAGACUGAAUGAAUGGAUGGAUAAGGAGGCGUCAGAAUAUAGAUUAGGACAGUCUAGAUCUAGUACAUUAAAACUACAUGGAUAAUAAAUAAAUAAAUACCUAUAUAAACUGA